AUGACGCCCCACUCCACUUCCGUCCCGAGCAUCAACUUCCACAGAAUAAAUGAAAAUGAAAAGUCACCAAGCCAGAAUAAAAAAACCAAAGACGCAACAUCAGAUACUGGCAAAGCUGACGGCUUGGCGUAUUCUGCCCUGCUGAAGAAUGAGUUGCUUGGGGCUGGGAUUGAGAAGGUUCUGGAUCCUCAAACAGAAGAUAGACGACUACAGCCCUCCACACCCGAGAGGAGGAGCCUCUUUAGUUAUUCACUCAGUGCCAAAAGAUCCACACCCGAUGAUAACAGUGUUUCCCCAUACUCCCUCUCCCCUGUUAGCAGCAAAAGCCAGAAGCUUCUGCGGUCGCCAAGAAAACCUACGCGCAAAAUUUCCAAGAUUCCUUUUAAGGUGCUAGAUGCACCAGAGCUACAAGACGACUUCUACCUCAACUUAGUGGACUGGUCUUCUUUAAAUGUGCUCAGUGUUGGACUGGGGACUUGUGUUUACCUUUGGAGUGCCUGCACCAGUCAAGUAACGCGACUAUGUGACCUAUCAGUGGAGGGCGAUUCAGUCACAUCGGUGGGCUGGUCGGAGAGAGGCAAUCUUGUCGCUGUGGGUACACACAAAGGCUUUGUACAAAUUUGGGAUGCUACCGCCGGCAAAAAGCUGUUUGCCUUGGAGGGACACACAGCAAGAGUUGGUGCACUGGCCUGGAAUGCAGAUCAGCUGUCAUCAGGCAGCCGGGACCGCAUGAUCCUUCAGAGAGAUAUCAGGACGCCCCCUCUGCAGUCAGAGCGUAGGCUGCAGGGUCAUAGACAAGAGGUCUGCGGACUCAAGUGGAGCACUGACCAUCAGCUGCUGGCUUCCGGAGGAAAUGACAACAAGCUGUUAGUGUGGAAUCACUCGAGCGUGUUACCGAUGCAGCAGUACACAGAACACCUGGCCGCAGUGAAGGCCAUCGCCUGGUCUCCUCACCAACACGGGCUGCUGGCCUCCGGAGGGGGAACAGCAGACCGCUGCAUCCGCUUCUGGAACACUCUCACAGCGCAGCCACUGCAGUGUAUCGACACAGGCUCACAAGUCUGCAACCUGGCCUGGUCCAAACACACCAACGAACUGGUCAGCACACACGGUUACUCUCAGAAUCAGAUCCUCGUGUGGAAAUACCCCUCACUUACUCAAGUAGCCAAAUUGACUGGCCACUCGUAUAGGGUGCUCUAUCUGGCAAUGUCUCCCGAUGGAGAGGCAAUAGUGACUGGUGCAGGUGAUGAAACUCUGCGUUUUUGGAAUGUAUUUAGUAAAACACGAUCAACAAAGGAAUCUGUGUCAGUUUUAAACCUCUUCACCAGAAUACGAUAAUUGGGCUGCUAAAGCAGAUUGAGUCUUUAUAACAUAUCUAUGUCAUCAAUCACUUGCAGUAGACUGGACAUAAAAAAGGCAGAGAUCUGACAUUUCCUGACAUUUCAUUUUAAGUUCAAAUGUUAUGUUUACUUUUAUGUGUACAGUUCAGUUCAUGAUUUUAUGUGUGAUUGUUUUUGGUUACAGAGAAGUGUCUAUGUAUGACAUUAUCCAAGCCUUAAGCCAGAAACAAUGCCAUUGAAUCAGGGUGUAAAGAAAAAUUUAGCCAUUGUGACAGCUGCCUCUGGAAUCAUUUGUAAGCAUUCUAAUGCGUGAUCUUUUGAUUGUGAGGGUGAAAAAAUGUAUAUGAAAGAAAAUUCAGUUUUUAACUUCAGUUGCUUAAAAUUGAUAUCGAGUAUUAUAAAGCACCCUGAAAAAA